GAGAAAGUGAAGUCGCUCAGUCGUGUCUGACUCUCAGCGACCCCAUGGACUGCAGACCACCAGGCUCCUCUGUCCAUGGGAUUUUCCAGGCAAGAAUACUGGAGUGGAGUGCCAUUUCCUUCUCGCCUUCUUAUCCCAAGUGGCCCCAAAUCCCCUUUGAAAGGAUGCAGUUCAGGUAUCAACAGAGCAACCUAAAGGACUUGAGACGGAGUAGACAGGGUAUGAAAGGCUUAGAUCAAAUGUCCUGAGCGAGGCAAGAUCAGAUUGUCCCCAGGACAAAACAGCUGGGGAGAGCUACUAUACACACUCUGGAUUAGAACAGCCCCAAGCCAGAACUAAGACUCGACAGCCCCUGGAUUAGUCACAGCAUUGAAGAGGAGGAGAAGACACUGCACCAGGCCAUGCCUGGCAGAGAGUCUGGAGUUUCUGGUUUCUAAAUUCAGGAAGGCGUCAGCCAGGGGAGGGGCCUGCAUGUAGGGGAAGAGCGAGAAACUGGGGCUGGGCAAGCUUCCUAUGUAAGGCUACACAAGAAGAGGCAACAUAGACCAGAAAGAGGAUUCCUGAUAGCCUCCUGAAACUCAGGAGGGUGAACAGUCCAGCUCUGACCACCUGAGACACCCCUCCUGCUCCAAAGACUAUAACUCCACUUGUCUUUCUGAGGCCUCUACUAACCCUGUACCACAAGGAUGGAACCACUGCUAGGAGCAAAAAUUGGCUGCCUGUUUGCCCUGCUGGUGCUCACUCUGGUCUGUGGCCUUAUUCCCAUCUGCUUCAAGUGGUUCCAGACUACUACAGCCACAGGUUGUCACCGCCGGGUCCUCAGUUUCCUGGGCUGCACAUCUGCUGGUGUUUUCCUGGGAGCAGGGUUCAUGCACAUGACUGCUGAAGCCUUGGAGGGGAUUAAAUCAGAGAUCCAGAACUUGGUGAUACAGAACAGGACAAAGAAUGAGGGGCAUUCUGAUGAUGAUGCUGAUUCAGCUUAUAUGGAGUAUCCCUACGGAGAGCUCAUCAUCUCCCUGGGCUUCUUCCUUGUCUUUCUUUUGGAGUCGCUGGCAUUGCAGUGCUGUCCUGGGACUGCUGAAACACCCAAAGUGCAGGAGCAGGAAUUGGGUACAGCUCAUGAGCUUGCACCUCACAGCCAUGGACCUCUACCCUCACCCUCACGGGGUCCCUUUCGAGCACUCAUCCUUUUGCUCUCGCUCUCCUUUCACUCCGUGUUUGAAGGUCUAGCUGUGGGGCUGCAGCUCACAGUCGCAUCUACUGUGCAGCUCUGUCUUGCUGUCCUGGCUCACAAGGGGAUCGUGGUGUUUGGCGUAGGACUGCGGCUGGUGCAGGUAGGCACUAAAUCACUUUGGGCCGUGCUCUCCAUCCUGUCUUUAGCUCUCAUGUCCCCCCUGGGCCUAGCCAUAGGGCUGGCCGUGCCUCAAGGAGACUCUAAAGCUGGGCAAGGUUUGGCGCAGUCUGUGUUAGAAGGCAUGGCAGCUGGUACCUUCCUGUAUGUCACCUUCCUGGAAAUUCUGCCCCGGGAACUUGCAAGUCCUGAAGCCCCUCUGGCCAAGUGGAGCUGUGUAGCUGCUGGUUUUGCUUUUAUGGCUGUCAUUGCCUUGUGGGCAUGAGAGAUUCCUGACUUUUCUGGUGGACCCAAGAUGACCUCCCUAUCCCCAGGAAAAGCUGCUCAAAUGACUUCGCCCUCUGACAUUUCUUCCCUGAGACACAGUGACAUUUACUAGGCAUUGUGCCGUAACCUGGACCCCAACUUUUCACCACGUGAGAUGCCAUUUCUCAUACUGAGAAAAAGUUGUUUUGGUUGAGUGCUUAUAAAUGAAAGGAUUUGACUCUUGUCCCAUUUGUGCUGUUAUGUGUAAUAAAAUGUCAUUUUGUCCUUCCCCUUCA